AUGCAAAUCUUCGUCAAGACCCUCACUGGUAAGACAAUUACUUUGGAAGUCGAAUCCAACGACACCAUCGAAAACGUGAAGAGUAAGAUUCAAGAUAAGGAAGGUAUUCCUCCAGACCAACAACGUUUGAUUUUCGCUGGUAAGCAAUUGGAAGAUGGAAGAACCUUGUCCGACUACAACAUUCAAAAGGAAUCCACUCUCCACCUUGUCCUCAGACUCAGAGGUGGUAUGCAAAUCUUCGUCAAGACCCUCACUGGUAAGACAAUUACUUUGGAAGUUGAAUCCAACGACACCAUUGAAAACGUGAAGAGCAAGAUUCAAGACAAGGAAGGAAUUCCUCCAGACCAACAAAGAUUGAUUUUCGCUGGUAAGCAAUUGGAAGACGGAAGAACUCUCUCCGACUACAACAUUCAAAAGGAAUCCACAUUGCACCUUGUUCUUAGAUUAAGAGGUGGAAUGCAAAUUUUCGUGAAAACUUUGACAGGAAAGACCAUCACUUUGGAAGUUGAGUCUAAUGAUACCAUCGAAAACGUGAAGAGUAAGAUCCAAGACAAGGAAGGAAUCCCACCAGACCAACAAAGACUCAUCUUUGCUGGAAAACAAUUAGAAGACGGAAGAACCUUGUCUGAUUACAACAUUCAAAAAGAAUCAACAUUGCACUUGGUGUUGAGACUCAGAGGUGGUAUGCAAAUCUUCGUCAAGACCCUCACUGGUAAGACAAUUACUUUGGAAGUCGAAUCCAACGACACCAUCGAAAACGUGAAGAGUAAGAUUCAAGAUAAGGAAGGUAUUCCUCCAGACCAACAACGUUUGAUUUUCGCUGGUAAGCAAUUGGAAGAUGGAAGAACCUUGUCCGACUACAACAUUCAAAAGGAAUCCACUCUUCACUUGGUCUUGAGAUUGAGAGGUGGUAAUUAA